AUGGCGCACCAACUUGAGAUGCAUCUAAGUCUGCCGAAGAGCGAGUUCGGGAAAUUGUCUAUCCCGUAUUUGUCACAUGAGAUUAGCGCUGAAGGAAUCAGGGCAAAACCGAAGAUCGCUAAGGGUGUUCAGGAUUUACGUUUUCCAACGACAAUGAAGGGAGUGCAAUCUUUCUUGGGCAGCCUGAAUUAUUAUCACAAAUUCAUCGAAGACUAUCCUGUGAUUGCUGCCUCCCUCUAUGAACUCUCGGAUGACCAAGCAAAGCAGGCGUUCGAAAUCCUGAAACACAAGAUCGUGUCGACCCCAGUAUUGAGGCACCUUGACAGGAACAAACCAUUCGUUAUUAUACCCCAUGCAAAUCAAUGGGCUGCCUGUGCGUUCCUGGGUCAAGAAAAUGAUGGUUUGAUCCAGCCAGUGCGCUUUACGGGGCGUGUUCUCCACGACGCGGAGUUGAGAUACCACAUCGCAGAAAAGGAGACCAUCGCCGUGUUGAGGCUGCUACAGGUGUUCAGAACACUCAUUCAGGGUUGUCCUCUCAUCGUGUACACUAGACACUCGGUUCUGAAGUGGAUCAUGAAAUCCAAGACGGCAGAUGGGAGAUGUGUACCAUGGGGCGUUUUACUUUCGCAGUGGAACCUGGACGUCAGGAAGAUCCAGCGAGACGAUGAUGGCUUAGCUGCCAUCCUGGGCGCCGGCAUCACACCUCGAGAGCAUUUGGACGAAGUCGCCGAGGAGCUCAUCCCUGUCAAAUAG